AUGUCAUCGACGGCGGACAGGGAUCCACGUGUCGUCCCCGUGACCGUGACGAUCGACGUCUGCACGGUGCAGCAAGACGGCGAGGAAUUGGACGCCGCCGUGGAUCGAGCGAUUACGACUGAGAAUCUGCUGCCUGUGCUAUUUUUCGACAUCGAUCAAGUUGUCAGGGAGAUUUCCUUUGAUGGGAGGGGCAUUCCCUGUACGCUGGCGUAUUUCGUCUGUGAAGAUAUGGUGAGGUUCAGAUUGGAGGAUGUCGAGUUGAGCUUGGGCUUGAUGAGGAGCUGCCCGAUAUGCUGGCGGGCCCCAACACUCGGGGCCCAAUUAUCGACAUAG